AUGGCUAUGACACCAGCACCUCUAACUGAUCAGCAGAAGACCCACCUUAGCGACAAGCGCUCAGCACAUCUGAAGUCUUCGAAGCAGGACAACAAUAUCUACUUGCCAAGUCAGCCCUUUCUGGUUCACUGAUGACAGUUCAGAUGAGUGGAAACCAGGAUACAUUGAGUCCAAAGAUAUCACACCAGACUCGUAUUGGAUCACCAAUGACAAGAACAAUAGAAGGCUCCGAUGUUACAAACAUGACAUUAAGCCACGCUACAUCACUAUCACACAGCAGCGACCCAAGCCACAGGUACCUGUAAGAUACCCGGCUCACGUGCCGGAUGAUGAUGCAGCCUCAGCAAUUCCUGAAGGGCAAGAACCAGUAAGCCCAUCAGCAGAUACACCGACUACUUUGGCAAAAUCACCACCUGCCAGUAACAGCCAGAAGUCAGCAACGCCAAAGAACAAUCCUGAUGUUGGAAAGCUCAGAACACAAGCAGACAUAACACCAAUGCUAACCAGAUCACGCUCUGGGUGUCUAAUCAAGCCAACCAGGAAUCCAGACUUUUUAUAUAAUCCUGUUUAACUUUACCAGACAUUUGUGGACUGUUUGAGACCACAAAGACUUUUUCGGUUCAGUUUCAUAUGAACACUUUUGACAUUUUGGUUCUAAAACCAUCUUAAAAGGGGACAUGUUAUAUUAUGCUAAUGAACGUUUCGUCACAUUUCAUGACUUUUACAUGAUGUCAACUUUAGAGUGUUUGAACCUCGUGCUUUUCACAGCAGCCAUGUUUGUUUCUUAAGCUGUAAAUCGAGCUAGUCUUCUAAACAAAGUAAUUAUAGAAAUAUAACAACACCCAUACUACGUUUAUAGCCAGUUGGGCUGACACAAGAUUCUAUACCGGAGCCUUCCACUGAAAACAAUACCUUCAAGAAAAAAUCAGAAUCAAAACAACAGCUUUUAUACACCGACAUUGAAACUUAUUUUAUAGCGGCUUUAAAUACGACAGAGAGAGUCCCUAAAGGUACUAAAUCGCUUCUCAAUGAUAAGAGGACAAAUAUUCUGUCAAGGUUAGGUACGUAUCAAAACAAAAUCAUGAUUCAGACGCAAUUGAGCAUAUAUGAGCGGCUUUUUUUUAAAAAGUAGUAAUUAAAAAAAGAGUGGUAACAUUAGCGUGCCUUUUUAAACGUAAAAGUUCAGCCUAGGUUCGAGGUGUUAAAGAUCGCUUGAAAGCUGAUAAAAGCUACUUUAAGACAAACUUCAAGAUCCGCGUUUCUGAAGAAAGCCAGUGUGCUGAUCAUUGCCAGGUAUUUGCGUUGUCUGACCCUGAAGAUUAUCUCUGUGUGCAUGAGCACACGAAAUCAUUUCACUUCAGGUAAACGAUUAUUGAUACCAUGUUCUAUAGUCUUCUUCUUUCAAAACCAAAAACCUAAACCUAACCUAAACUUGCAGUCAAAACCAAAGAAAGAAGACAGAUUUCCCCCCCUAACAGAUUUUGUCUUGUUCAGUUUAUCGUUAAUCGUUUCAUUUUACACAUGUAAAAAAAUUUCUUCACAGGAUAUUACGAGGAGAUACAUAGUAAUUUUACCUGAUCAUGAAGAGUAAGUUUUCUAAUUGACAUAUUUUAAUCACCCUUUUUGCAACUGGAAAUGGGUGGCUCAGGUGACCGAAAUCUACAGUUGUUUAACUUCGGAAACAAUGCCGCGUUUACAUCAUUAAACAAAGGAUCAGGAAAAAUAUACCGUGAAAAGACAAGCAAAUGAUGUGGCCCUAAAACGGCGCAGCAUGGAAACGAGGUUGUAUGUACUGCCUGUUGUACUGCUCGAGUUUGAAGCCCCGUACAGCAUGGGCUAGUAAAGACUGAGAGAAUUUAUUGUGUUUUCUUCCUAAGUAAAUGCAUUUAUGUAACGAUUAAAUAAAACAACUGUUCUGUAUAAGAUUCUUAAAUCAGAAAAAAAAAAAACACGUAAAACCUGUAGAAAAUAUCCACGAUUGUUAGCUAUCUAAGUGAAGUAUUUAGCGAGGAAUUAUGUCUUCCGCAAGCGAAUUUAGAACUUUAAAAGGAUAAUUUUAAAGUGAAAGUAAAAGUAAUAUCGUGUUCUAAGUUAAUAUAAUUCAAGAAAGAAAUAUUUGACUUGAGUGUCUUUAGUAGAGACUUCCAAAAUGAACUGAUCAUUCACCUCGGAGAAAAAACCUGUACUUCACUCAUCGCUUCGCGCUUACUUUUUUCGGAAGUCACAAAACUUAGUUUAUUAGUGAAUUCAUCUUUUUUUUCUUCAAAAUGUAAAGAAAAAAGUGUAGGAAUCGUAUCAAAUUUUAUGAAACUAGCGAAGAUUUUCGCUAAGGCCAAAGGAAAUGUUUUUACUGACCUAUGAAGUAAUAAAUAAAGCGCGCGCCCUGCAAUGCCAAAGUUCCGGUUCAAGCGGAAAAUUACAAAGUCAUUGGGAAUUCCAAUACACAUUCGCGUUUCGAUUUAAAAAAGAUAAUUACGGGAUUGAAGGUAUCCUAACUAUACCUAAAAGGAAGUUUUUCUUAUGAAUCAACCAGUCUCAAUUAAAUUACGAGGGUAGAUACAAUACAAUACAAUACAAACUUUAAUUGACACUCCCUAAAGAGAGGGCUUUUCAGUGACAAUGAUAAUCACUACCGUUGAAACGAGAGUACGGUAAAUCUAAAAAUUACAAAAUUACAAUAAUAAAGUGUUUUUUAGAAAAAAUUAAGAAAGCUAAAAAGUAAAUAAAUAUUCACUAGAAUUAAAAUUAAAAAUAGAUAUGAUACAAACUAAGACCGAUAAGAUAGGAAAGCAGCAAAUAAUUCGGCUCUAAGUUUACGCUUUAAAUUACGAGCAGAGUCACAGAGUUUGAGGAGAUUAUCUAAAUUGUUCCAUAGACUUAUACUAUACGGUAAAAGAGUGUCCUUUGUCCAGAUUUACGGUUUUAAAUAAGGGUAUAUGCAGAAGUUGGGAGCUUCUGUGUUAGAAACGUCGAUGAUAGGUAAGUAGGAGCGGAGCCAGUCAUACUUAAAAGCAAGCACGCCAUCACGAAGAUAUAAUAGGUAGCCAAUGCAGUUCUUUCGGAAGCGGAGUAACGUGGUCAGAUUUUCUGGAAACACAGAUAAUCCGGGCUGCAAAGUUCUAGAUCGCUUGGAGCUUGAGAAGCUAGGUUAGUGUCCGCUGCAUUGGACUAGACGGAAGAGCAUUAGAACCACUUACUAAACACUAACAUGUUAAUUAUUGUGGUUAAAGUCGAUCUGUCAAACACGUGCUUAACACGAUUAAUUUGAGCUAGACUUGAGAAGCAUGAAGAAACUGUUUUAUCAAUAUGCUUGUGAAGUAAGGCUCGAGAUCAAGUAUUUUCUGUUGCAACGGACUUGCCGCCUGCCCCAGAAUGGCUUCUUUAGUUAAUCAGAUGCAAUUGUUAGUCUAACUGUAGGCUAGCAGUAUGCGGUGCAUUUGUCGCAAGAAUGCUGAAUGGUAUACAGUGUUCCCCGGCCUGCAAAGGGUCUCUGUGCACAAAUUUUUCGAACACUGUAGACUACGAAAGUUAAGAUUGGGAAGACUAACGUAUUUAAAAAUAAAUUUUGUAUAUAGCACAUGUACAAUUGAAUUAAAAAGGGGUUUUCUGGUGAUUAUAUAGGACUUUUUUGUCGCGAGUCUUAAGCAAUUUUGUCUCGUAAUGUUUCAGCAAAAUCAGAUCUCACUGCUGGAGAGUACGUAGAUUCUAAAAAUCCUUAAUAUUUUACUUAUUCAGAUGAUACAGUUUUGGGAACUUCUUGCACGAUUAAAACCUUAAAAUAAUUUUUCUUAAGAAUAUAUUCUUAGUUUUGGCGAAAUGGCUCGAUUUAUAUCAAUAACAAAAGCUAAACAGCAACUUCCGGUUGACAGCCUCGUUUUCAUGCUACGGGAAAAAGGGACUCAUGUUAAAAGUCCUGUUUGGAGGUGUUCCCAUGCUUGGAUCUUUGGGGACUUUUAGUAUGUUCAUGAAUGGGAUAUUUCUACCUAGUCAAUGAUGAGAAAGGUUCUUUUGCAAUUAGUUUCAGGUCCGACGACAAAAUGCCUGGACUAUACACCAGGACGUAGCAAAGGAUAAUAUCCUCAACAAUAUGACGCCAGAGCAAGCUUUAGUUAUAAUGGAUUGGGUAAUGAAACUCCUUCCCUUGAAGUAUAGAGAAACGCAAGGAGAGUUGUUUGGAAAGAAAGGCCUCUCUUGGCAUGUCACAGCCGUGAUAACAAAACCGAAGGAAGAGUUGGAGGCAUUUUCUACAGGCAAAUCCUACAUCUGAUUAUGGGCAUAUCCAAAAUACUGCAUGAUGCUUUGUCUGUUCCUGUAUGUACUACGCCGCUCAGCCGGAUUAUGCGCAAAUCUUUUUUUGUGACAACAUGGAACCACACUCAUACGAAACGUAGGAAUUGCAUGCCGAAAUUUUAUCUUUUAAAAGGACAUCUGUAGGGAUCUCUUCUCAGAAGAGAUCCCUGUUUGUUGACAUUGUGUUAAUUCUUGAGAGCGACCGUUUACAGGAGGUUUGACGGUAUAUUCCGUAAAUUACCAUUUCAGUUUCAGAUAUUGUAGUAGUCGAAUUUGUGUCCUAAUUAGAAGAAAUGCUGAGUUUUCUUCUUAUUCCCUGAGUAACAGUAGAGUUAUCCACAGUCACCUGCUGUGCAAAAUACGGUAAAGGCGACCAUAAAUUAGGUAUUGACAAUGGAGGUAGGUCCACAUUCUACUGAGAAAAUAAUCCCUUGAAAUCUUUAGCUAUGAAGUGCAGGAAGAUACGAGGCAUAGUUAUAGUCAGUGGAUGAAACAAUAAGUGGACAACAGACAGGAUUACCAAAAGAGUAGGUAUUUGAAAGUCAGUGAGCUUUCCUGUUGUACUUUAUUUAACGUCAUGGAGCCGAUAGUGUAACAUUAUUUCUUAUGUUCAUAUGUAUAGGUAAGGACAUACGUUCACCUCCUGGAUCACUGCAGCCAGAACUGGUUUGCUGUUGCAUCUAUUUAUGAGAACACGCUUAUGGAAAUAAAGAGGAAGUCACCUGAGAUUGUCGAGGCGUUUGCACGUAGUGAUAACGCUGCAUGUUAUCACUGUACUCUUUUAUUGCUAAGUAUUCCUGGUGUUAGUCUACGUACAGGUGUAACUGCAAGCCGAUACGACUUCAUUGAAUCAAACAGUGGCAAAGAUAUUUGCGAUCGCCAUAUUUCUCCUUUGAAAAGUCAGUACGUCAAUGCAGGAAAUGAUGUCGAGAACGCAAAAGAUAUGAAGAAAGCAAUAGAUUCUUACUCCGGAGUUAGAGGUUGCCGUGUAUCUGUUCUAAAGGUGGACACUAGCGCACAGGAUCUGCAUAAUCACAACUUGAACGGAGUACUGAUGUUUUCAAACUUCAAGUUUUGCGUGGACGGAAUCAGGAUGUGGAAAGCCUUCAGUGUUGGAGAAGGAAAGUUCGUUCGUUACGACAAGCUAAUGAAGAGACGGACCGGCCAGGGAAUUACCCGAUUAGAGGUUAUUGAGCCGUUCACAUCCCCGCGUGUCGACUGGCUUCUUGUACAAAAACAGCAAAACGACGGAAAACAAAAGUGAACUUGUGAAUUCAGUUGCCUUCAACCAGGUUGCAUCAAGUUAUUCAAAACGACAACAGCGUUGCAAAACCACCAGGACUUUGGCAAGCACAUUUUUUGCACCCAAAAGGAUUCCACGCAUGACAGUAUUAAGCGUAAAUGGGCUAAAGCAUGCACCAACAUACGCCCUUCUUAUAUUCCAUUUAAAAAGAACCUUGGAGGAUUGAGUCAAGAAUAGUGCAGAGAGUACCCCACUGCUGAGCCUGGCUGGGCCUUGAGGAAAAACAAGAAGACCGGGCAAUUUUCAGAACAUGUCAAAGAGUACCUCUUUAAAUUGUCUCUUGAUAGAGAAGAGACAGGAAAUAAGAGCGACCCUGCCGUUGUUGCCUCAAACUUGAAGUCACUUCGUGGACCAGAUGGCGUAAAAUGA